UCGCCCAAAACGCAAACGCAGUGUAAGAACAAGAUUGAGUCUAUGAAGAAGCGCUACCGGUCGGAAUCUGCCGCCGCCGUCGACGCCGCCGCUGCCUCCGCCUGGCCCUUGUAUAACCGUCUUGAUCUCUUGCUACGUGGAAAUACGGUCACGCCACCGCUGCCACUGCCGCCGCCGCCGCAGUCUCCUCCGAUGGCCAACAAUAACCCGCCGGUCAUUAUUGUGGAGGUCUCUCCGCCAGCUCCGCCGCCGUUUGUGGCGGCGCAGAAUUCGCACGGAUCCAAUGGCGUUGAUAGGAUUAAUCCCAAGGAAGAUGAGAUCGAAACCAGGCUAUCAGAUCACUUAUCAGACAAGAACAACAACGACAACAACAACAUCGAAACAGAUAGUAGCACGCCAGCAAUAUUAUAUAGUGACAAAGAUCAGAAGCUAAGGUCGAAGCAGCAACCGAAGAUGAAGAAGAACAAGAAGAAGAAGAGGAUGUCCGAGGAGUUGGAUCAGAUCGCGAGCAGCAUUCGGUGGUUGGCCGAGGUCGUGGUGAGAUCGGAGCAAGCAAGGAUGGACAUGAUAAGGGACAUAGAGAGAAUGAGAGCAGAGGCAGAGGCCAAAAGAGGAGAAAUGGACCUCAAAAGAACAGAAAUAAUUGCAAACACUCAGUUGGAGAUUGCUAAGCUCUUUGCAGCUGGUGGAAAAAAAGGUGUUGAUUCUUCACUAAGGAUUGGGAGAAGUUGAUGAUCAUUAAGAAACAUAAUCAAUCAUUAAAAAGCUUAAUUACUUUAUGCUAAUCAAUUAUGAUAUAUCAUAUAAAUUAAUCAAUGUACGUAAGUACAAACUGCCCUUUGUUUUAUUUUAGAAUUUUAAAUUAGGGAAAGAGAAAAAAUAGAUAAAAGGGAAUUAGGAGAUAAUUAACUUUAAUUACUCCCUUUACUCGAUGUAAGUUCUCUCUGAUUCAGCAUAAAUAAUGCUGUUUUGUUUUACUAAAAUAAUAAAAAG